AUGUUGCUUAAUAAUGCUAUUAUUCUUCUUAUUUUCGUACUCCUUCAUCGUGGUUUUACAAAUGAUGAUCUAUGUCGAUUAAUUGAAUUUGAUAUACCACAAGGUUUACUUCCGUUUCAUUUUAAUGAAAUUGAAGAGAAAUUAUUUUAUAAAACAGAUUAUAUUUGUCAGAAUAAACCAAUUUUUCAUUCAAUUAAAUAUGCAAAUUUAUAUCAAUUUCAAUCACCUAAUAAUCGAUGGUGGACACUUUAUGAUACAACAAAUUCAACAUAUAAAUUAGGUAUGCGUGAAUGGUGUGAUGCUUGGAAUAUAAAACCAUUACUUUCAAUGCCACUUGGAAUGUUUCAACAUCCACUUGGAAAACAAAAACGAUCACAACGAUGGCAACGUGUAAUUAUUCAUGCAAAAAAUAAUAGUUAUACAUACAAACCUAUAUCAAAUGUUCAAAUUAAAUGUUAUUAUCAACUAUCAAAUUCAACAUGUCAAACACAACAAUUAACUUUUUUAUUUGAUUUAACUGAAAGUACAACUAAUGAUGAAUUUCAUCAAAUGAAAUUAUUAACAAAAACUUUAAUAUGGUUAUUAUAUAAUCAAACAAAAAUUGCACUUAGUUAUUAUCAUGAUACAUUUCAUCUUAUAAAUACAUUUAAUAAUAAAACAUCAUCAAAAAGUCUUGAACAUUUAUAUGAUUCAAUAGAUGCAAUUAAUAAACAUGUUGAUAUUCCUAGAAGAUUUUCUGUUCAAUGGAUUGAUGCUAUUCAUAAUAUAGUUACACAAAUUUUUAAACGUCGACUUUUAAUACCAUUAGAAAAAAUUAAUCUCAUUGAUGAAUAUCAAUCGAAUACAAAUGAUACAAUUGAUGAUGAUGAUGAGGAUGAUGUAUAUACUGAACCCUAUCCAUUAAUUUAUUCGGAUGAACUUGCAAUAAAAACAAUUUUAAACAUAACAACAUAUCCACAUAAAGAAAAACGUUCAAUAGAUAUGAAAUCUACUCGAAUGAAUCAUGUUAUUAUUAUAUUAACAUCACGUUCAAAAAAUCUUUAUGAUUAUAAACAACGGGAUAAACGUUUAGCACAAUUUAUUGCAUCAGUACCAAUAAGAAUUCUUGUUAUUGAUUUUAAUAAAAUAUCAAAUAAAAAAUUAUCCGAAUAUAUUCAUUCAGCAUUUAUUCAUAAUGCUAAAUAUUCAUUAGUAUCAUCACCUGUAACUUAUAAUUAUAUUGAAACAUAUGAAAAAUUAGGUGAUGCCAUCUUUGGAAAUCAAUUAUUUAAUCAUUAUAAUCGUUUAUGUGAUGUUAUGGAAGAAAAUGAUUUUAUUCAAAAUUUUACAACAAAUUUAAUUGAAACAAAUGUUAGUAAAGCAAUAGAAUGUCCAUUGUUAACUUUAAUGAAUAAUCAAAAUAUGCAUGCAACGUUAAAAGAAAAAUUUGAUUACACAUUUUAUCAAACAACAGAUCGAUGUUUUUCAGCACCAGUCUAUCGAUCAUUAGGUGAUAGAAAUUUAUAUGUACAAAGAAUAUCUAAUGGUCAAUGGUUUAUUAUUCAUGUUGAUCCACUUUUACCUUCAACAAUGAGUAUUCAACAAAAAUAUGCAUUAACUACAACAAGUACUUUAGCACCUGAAUUUUUAUAUGCAACCGAUUAUGCUAAUGGUCCAGUAAUCGAUGAAAAUCGUAAUAUUAGUUCAUUUUUGGAUCUACCUAUAGGUGUUCCACAUUGCUCUAAUAAUCCUGGUCUAGAUAUUCUAUGGGAAAGUGAUGAUAGUUUAAUGAUCAAUGAAUUUUCAUUACGUACUCCACGUCAAUGGAUAUCACAUGUAAAUCAAUCGGAUUUAAUUCCACCAGUUUGUAAUAAAUAUAAAAUAUCAUGUCAUAAAACAAAAUUUGAUAUUCUUAUUCUUAUUGAUUGUCAACAAAAAUAUGUGCCUUUAAUACAAACAUUUCUUAAUAUUUUUCUUGCAUUAAUCGAACCAAGUAAUCAUCGUUUUGGUCUUAUGAUAAUAUCAUCAACAACAGUAGAUCCUUUUCAAUAUCAUAUACCUUUAACAGCGCUAUAUAAUAUAAAUAAUAAAUUACUUGAAAAUUUUCUAUCUUAUACUGGUUAUGAAAAUAGGUCAAUGAUGGAAUUAAAUCAACAUAUGGAACGUGCUAGUGAUUAUUUAAUAAAAAAUCAACAAAUAGUAUCAAAUCAACAAUCACAACAAAUUAUUUUAACAAUAUCAUCUCGAUUAAAUUUUAAUCGAAAUGAAAUGAAAAAAAUUAUUCAACGUUAUUCAACUAUUCGAUAUAUGGUACUUGAUCCAUAUUUAAAAACUGAUGAUAAUGAUAAUAUAAAUUAUGAAGAACGAAAUGUACUUUUAAAUUCAUUAAUAUCAACAUCAUCUUCAUAUGAAAAUUUAUUUUGGUCUUAUGCGGCAAAUAGAGAUUUAACAUUUAAUACCGUAUUUCGUAUAUUAGAAAGUUUAUGUGGAUAUCUUCGAUAA